CAAAAAAUUGACAGAAGAAAAAACAUUGACGUCACGCAUUGUAACAACAAGCGCGCGGAAGGAGGCAACGCGACUAUCAUUAUAUAUCAUCCGUUACGAACACCACAGACCACAAUGGCUUCCGAUGACAUUGCCCUGCUGGCCGAGGUGCUGUCCAAGACUCAUGUAGGAUAUGGAGAGUUGAGCUACAAGGGCCAGGGACUGAAGCUGGACAACACAGAGUCUGUGAAGGAGUUGGUGCGGGAAAUAGAGGAGUACCAGGGACUCCGGGCCCUGCGGUUGGAGGGAAACACAGUGGGAGUGGAGGCAGCGCAGGCUAUCGCCAAAGCCUUGGAGUGCAAAGACCAACUUCAGAGUUGUCACUGGAGUGAUAUGUUCACGGGUCGCUUGCGCUCGGAAAUCCCAACUGCCCUGAGGUGCCUGGGCAGUGCGUUGAUGACAGCAGGGGCCAGACUGCGAGAGCUUGACCUGAGUGAUAACGCCUUUGGGCCAGAUGGGGUAAAGGGCAUUGAGACUCUACUGAAGAGCUCUGUGUGUCACUCUCUACAGGAGCUGAGACUCAACAACUGUGGCAUGGGCAUCGGAGGGGGCAAGAUCCUGGCGGCAGCGUUGACUGAGUGUCAUGAACAGUCCAGUGCUCUCGGUGCCCCACUGAAACUGAAAGUGUUCAUCGCAGGCAGAAACCGCUUGGAGAACGAAGGAGCCACAGCCCUUGCCCUGGCAUUUCAGCUGAUGGGAAGCCUAGAGGAGGUGCACAUGCCCCAGAAUGGGAUCAACCAUGCUGGGGUGACUGCUCUGGCCACCGCCAUGCAGCACAACCCCCACCUGCGCAUCCUCAACCUCAACGACAACACCUUCACCAAGAGAGGGGCGCUGGCUAUGGCUCAGGCUCUGAGGCAUCUGAGGACUGUGCAGGUGAUAAACUUUGGGGACUGCCUGGUGCGUUCUGAAGGGGCCAUCGCUCUCGCUGCUGUCAUGAGAGAGGGACUGCCCACUCUUAAGGAGCUAAAUCUGUCCUUUGGGGAGAUCACGGAAGCUGCAGCACUGGUGUUGGCUCAGGCUGUACAAGACAAACCCCAUAUGGAAAAACUGGAUCUCAAUGGUAACUGUUUGGGGGAGGAGGGGUGUGAGGCUCUGAAGGAGACCAUGGACAACAUGGACAGGGCCGACAUACUGGCAUCUCUCAGUGAUGAUGAGGGAGAGCCUGAUGAAGAUGAGGAGGAGGAAGAUGAGGAGGAGGAGGAAGAAGAUGAGAAUGGCAAAGAGAUGAAGGAGAAUGGAGUGAAGGAUAAAAGAGACAGCCCAGUGAAGCCUGAGCCAACUUGUCAUCCAGAGAUCCUCUCUUUCCUCAGCUCCCCCACCGCUGAGACACUGCUCAAACUGGGGGGCAACAGGACUGGACUCAUCCAGCAACACGUGGAUGUCUCUGACUCUGAUAAGGUUGCCGAUGCCUUCCUGAGAAUCUCCUCUCUGUACAGUGAUGACCAUGAGGUCAAGAAGGCUGUCCUGGAGACUAUUGACACCCUGUUGAAGAAGGCAUUCUCUGGUUCCUCCCUGCAGACCUACAGCUUCCUGUCCACUCUACUGGUGAUGCUGGGGCUCCUCAAGGGUGAGGGCAAGGUGAAGAAGGUGCAGGUGUUACCUGGUCACCUGUUGGUUUUGGAGCACGCUGUCCAACAGGACUACUUCCCCCAGGACCACGCCUCCCUGCUGGACACCUUUGUCGCCAGGCACGGUAAAGCCCUGAAGUCCUGCAGCCAUGCCCGAGAUAGUCUCAAGUCCACACUGGAGAGAAGGAUCUCCCCGGAAUGCUGAGCCCUCCUGCAGCCCAAAUGAACCAGUCAAAGCCACACAACCUACGCACACACUCCCACUCAGGACACACACUGAACUGAUAAAGGGACAUUCCUUGCAUGAGGACCUCGCAUAGAUACUUUACACUGGACAGAAGAAGGGGACGAAAACCAAUCUACCUACACUCAAUAGAUACCUGUGUGUUUUAGAUUCAUGAUGCUCCUCCAAUGAAGACGUAUUGAAGAAGACUAGUUAUUCAGACAGGGUUUCCUCAAUUUUAUUUUUGUAUUUGUUCUUGUUACUAUUUUUAUACAAAAAAGGGACAUUUUCAUUAAGCCUUUAAAGACAUCGUGGGGAGAAAUUGAUUUGAAAAAUGGAAUAAAUACUGAAGUUGAUGGGCACACAAACAAGAAUGGUGGUCAGAUUCAGUAAGAACAUGGUAUUACUUUCUAGAUUAAUCUAGCUGGCCACAUCUGUACUGCUCAGCCUUAAUAUUAUCCCACCAUAUUAUUCCCGAGUUCAACCAGGUCAGAUUCAUUACUGUGCAUCAGACGGUGAGGAGUGGACUACAGUAUGCCUGUGCAUCGCACCGUAUGGACAGGAAUCGACAUCUAUGUAUGUAUUGGUCUUGUACUGUAUGCCGUUAUAACAAUGUAGAGCUCAGGAGACUAACUUGUUGAAAGGGAACUUAUGGGGAAAAUGAAAUAGAAUUUACCUUUGAUUCUCAUGUGUCUUACAACUUUAAUGUAAUGAACAUUGAUCUAUAUAACAUUGGAAUACAUGUACAGUAUCAUUAGGACUAUAUUGAUGUUUUUCAUGUUAAUCUGAUUGUAUUGAGAUGAAGUGGGUGAUGUGAUAAAAUAUUACUUUUCCAAAAGUC